UCAAAAGUUUAGUUUCUUUGCGAAUUACAGGGUUAAGUUAAAUAUUAUGAUAACACAUGUUCAAAUUCUCUCCUCCAAGUUUGGAUGUUGUUGUUAUUGAUAGACUCAUGUAUUUGUGGUAGAGAUAGGUACAGACUUAUGUUGUUUUUGAGACAGAUUGAUAUUUCAAAAUGGUCAGCAAUAGCCGAUAUUGUGAGAUAUGUGGCGCCAGGGAACUCUACAAAAGAGGAUUCUUUGCCAGAUUUCCCAAGGAUGAACAGCGGUGUAAAACUUGGGUUAGAAUAGUCGGAAAAAAAGACCUGGUACAUAUACCCAUUGAGAAACUGCAUCAGAUCCGUCACAUUUGUGGUGACCAUUUUGCACCCAAAGACUUUGGAAAGACACGGGGAAAGUUAAAGAAAAGGGCCUUUCCAAAGUUACAGCUCUCUGCACCCCCGUUAUCAGAUUACCAGUUAAGAGGAUUCCCCCAGCAUACUGCAAGCCAACAGGGGUCGACGGAUACGAGUAAUACUGCUGCUAUUGAGAACGUACGAAUACUACAACCGGUUGAAUUUCUGUUUCACCAGUAUUGUAAGGGGAAAACAACGCAAUCGCCAGUUGACGUGGAACCUGCAAAAAGUGAAAGCAGCAAGUUAGACAGUGAUUUAAUAGACACCGGUGAUCACAUAGAGACAGAUGCAUUUGACAAUUAUUCGCCGCCCAAGCCUGUGCCAGGACUGCCAGGUACUGACACAACUUCUAAAAACAUUUUCUCGUGGCAGACAGCAGAGUUGAUAGAAGCAGAUGCUUCUGAUGACCCGACUCCGACGCCGGUGCCCGAGCAACCAAAAUUACCUGACGACGUCGUGACGCUGUCCUUGUUCUGUGACGACGACGCGCCCAUACAAUCCGAGUCCAUUGACCUAGGCAAGUCACUUUGUAAAACUAAAUUACCACUUUCAGUGCCAAGCGCACCCAUUUACAGCACAAUGAACCCAAUUGUACCAUCAAUUGAUCUUGAAGCUGUCGAACUCCGGUGUAAGGAUUGUGCAGCACGCAUUGGCGGGUAUUCGUUCUGGUGCGUGCAGUGCGCGUGCGGCGCGCUGUGCGGCGCAUGCGCGGCUCGCGCGCCGCACGACUCGCACUAUGUGUUACGCGCGCCAGAGGGCUCCACGCAGAACCAAACUCAGACAGUGCUGGCAGUUAUACGACAACAGUUGCUGACGGGAAACUUACUAACACUGUACGAGAUUGAUGAAGAUGGCGUAAAAAAGGAAGUAAAAGAAGAGACAGAGGAGCCCGCCGCGACGCCCGACCCGCUCGCUGUGGGGCCCCCACCCGAACCGCUCACAGUGGAGCCCUACCCCGACCCGCUGACAGUGGAGCCCUACUCCGAACCGCUAACAUUGGAGCCCCAUCCUGAUCCGCUCACAAUGGCGCCCUACCCCGACCCGGUCACGGUGGAGCCUCAUUCCGACCCGCUAAACGUGGAGCCCUACACCAACCCGCUCACAAUGGAGCCUUACCGUGACCCGCUCACCGUGAAGCCAGACAAGGCCACAGUAACUGAGUGUGUCGACGAUGAUACCAACGGUGGCCACCACCCUAACAAGCGUCCUCGACUCAUGGACGACAGCAGAAUGGGCGACAAACCAAACACCACGGACGGUAAAAAAGAUGGUGAUGUUUCACAGCAACUACUCUUAAAUGUCCCACAUAUACGAAGAGGAUCGCAAACCGUCCAGACACUCGCUCCUAGCGAUCUUAGAUCACAAGAUGUCAUACAGACUACCGCUUGCAACAUCAAAGGGUCACAAGAUGCUCUAGCAACUAAUAGCAAUCUCGGAAGACAACAAUCCUUUUUAAAGGUCCCAUUUAAUGUUUUAAGGGGACCGCAAAAGGUUCAGGCACUCGCUACUGGCGAUCUCAGGUCACAAGAUAUCAAACAGGCCACUACUUGCAACAUCAAAGGGUCACAAGAUGCUCUAGCAACUAAUAGCAAUCUCAGAACAACACAACCCCUUUUAAAGGUCCCAUCUAAUGUUUUAAGAGGAUCGCAAACGGUUCAAGCACUCGCUACUGGCAAUCUCAGGUCACAAGAUGUCAUACAGACCACUGCCUGCAACAUCAAAGGGUCACAAGAUGCUCUAGCACCUAAUAGCAAUCUCGGAACACAACAAUCCUUUUUAAAGGUCCCAUUUAAUGUUGUAAUGGGACCGCAAAAGGUUCAAGCACUCGCUACUGGAGAUCUCAGCUCACAAGAUAUCAUACAGGCCACUACUUGCAACAUCAAAGGGUCACAAGAUGCUCUAGCAACUAAUAGCAAUCUCAGAACACAACAAUCCCUUUUAUUUGGGACAUUUGUUUCAUCUAAUGUUUUAAGAGGAUCGCAAACGGUUCAAGCACUCGCUACUGGCAAUCUCAGGUCACAAGAUGUCAUACAGGCCACUGCCUGCAACAUCAAAGGGUCACAAGAUGCUCUAGCAACUAAUAGCAAUCUUGGAAGACAACAAUCCUUUUUAAAUGUCCCAUUUAAUGUUUUAAGGGGACCGCAAAAGGUUCAGGCACUCGCUACUGGCGAUCUCAGCUCACAAGAUAUCAUACAGGCCACUACUUGCAACAUCAAAGAGUCACAAGAUGCUCUAGCAACUAAUAGCAAUCUCGGAAGACAACAAUCCUUUUUAAAGGUCCCAUUUAAUGUUUUAAGUGGACCGCAAAAGGUUCUGGCACUCGCUACUGGCGAUCUCAGGUCACAAGAUAUCAAACAGGCCACUACUUGCAACAUCAAAGGGUCACAAGAUGCUCUAGCAACUAAUAGCAAUCUCAGAACAUCACAACCCCUUUUAAAGGUCCCAUCUUAUGUUUUAAGAGGAUCGCAAACGGUUCAGGCACUCGCUACUGGCGAUCUCAGAUCACAAGACAUACAGUCUAGCAAAUUCAGAGAAUCACAAAUUCUCCUAACGCUCGAAAAGGUCCAAAACAUUCCCAAAGCUGAAAAACAACGGCCAGUACCUCAGAAUGUUCGCAAAAGCUUCUCUACCCCAUUCAAAGUAACCUCAGAACCUAAUCGCAAUGAAACAGUAAUCUUUAAUUUAGACGAUGUGGUAGAAGAGGGACUUGUAGAGUUUUUGGAAGAAGAAAUAUUGGACGAUAGCGAAGCAGAUCAAUUAGACAAUGAGAAUCGGCAUGAACAUAGACUAGAUGACGAUGCUGCUAGAGAUGUAGAAAGAGAAGUAAAUACAGUUUUAGGUGAAGAAAGAAAAAAUGUAAGAGAUCGAACAGAUAAAGCUAAUUGGGACAUAGAUGGCGAAAACUCUGUUAGUGACAGAGAAAAUAAAUCACAAGGCAACAUACAGAUCAGUUCUAGCAAACUCAGAGAGUCACAAGAUGUUCUAAUGACCACUACUAGCAAUCUCAGAGGAUUACAAGAUGAUAAAUUGGCUAAUAACGAUCUCAAAAGAACACAAACUUUCAUACAUAACAAACCUGGUAAUUUAAAACGAGUAAAAACUAAAGUAAUGAUUAAUCCUAGUUACAUAAAACAAUUACGAACUGUUUUACAGAAUGUUCCUAGCGAUUUAAGAAUACAAACUGUCCAACAGGUGAUUAGUGAUCUGAGAGAAUCACAAGACGUCACACAGGGCACUCCUAGUGAUCUUACGGGAUCGCAAGAUAUAUUACAGAUUCCUAGCCAUCUUAAAAUAUCUCAAACUCAUAGUCACUUCCAGCGAUCCAAAAGUAUUGCAAAUUCUUCUAACCCUAGCGAUCGCACAGUAUCACAAGUUUGUCCUAAGGUGAUACCUAGUCAUCUUAUAAAAUCGCACCAUCCCCGUAACCUGUUACGAACUCAAUAUAAGUUCCUACCCAAUGACCCCAGAGGGUUAAAAACUCACCAAAAAUCCCGACCUAGCAUACUCAAAAAGGUCACUAGUGAUAUGAGAAAAUCACAAGAUGUCACCCAGGACACUACUAGCGAUCUCAAAGGAUCACAAAAUCUUAAAGGAUCGCAAGAUAUAUUACAGAUUCCUAGGCAUUUUAAAAGAUCUCAAACUCAUAGUCACUUCCUGCGAUCCAAGAGUAUUGCAAAUUAUUUUACCCCUAGCGAUCACACAGGAUCACAAGUUUGUCCUAGGGGCGUACCUAGUAAUCUUACAAAAUCAAAAAAUCGCCGUAGCCUAUUACAACAACAGUUACAACAGGUACAACAAAAGUUCCAACCCAGUGAUCUCAGAGGGUCACAAACUCCCCAAAAAUUCAAACCUAGCAUAAUCAGAAAAUCGAAAGUUCUAACGAUCGAAAAGGAUCACAAAGCUGUACAGCACAAUUAUACCAAAGGACCAAAACUACAACCAGUACCUCAAAAUAUUCUCAAAGUAACCUCAGAACCGAAUCGCACCGAAACAGUAAUAAUUAAUUUAGACGAUGUGGUAGAAAAGGAACUUGUAGAGGUUUUGCAGGAAGAAAUAUUGGAGAAUAGCGAAGAACGUCAUUUAGAAAACGAGAAUCGGGAUGACGAUUCUGUUAGAGGUGUAGAAAGAGAAGUAAAUAUAGCUUUAGGUGAAGAAAGAAUAGGUGAAAAUGAUUGGGAUGAAGAUGAUGAAAUUUCUUUUAAUAAUGAGAGUGAAGCGGUGGACAAACAAUUUAAUAGUCAGGUAGAUAAUGAAAAUCGGAUAGACGAAAAUUUGAUCAGAGAUAUAGAAAGUGAAGUAGACGACAGUGAUUUAGAUAAAGAUCAUAGAGUAGAGGAGAUUCAAUAG